CCAGCACGAAUCUGAGGAAGGCAGUUGCUAAGACCGCUGGCAAACGGUGAAAUCAGAGACUGUGACAUCAUUGCAGCACCAGUUGAACUCGGGACGCUUCGUGCGGAUAUCCAUUCAUAUCUGGAACUGUAUCUGCGUACAACGUUCACUCUAGUAGAAGAUACAGGAGGAUUUCUUUUUCUUGUUCCUUUUUUUAAUCCAAAGGAUAAUGAAGAUGCCUGCAGAUAUCAUGGAAAAAAACUCCUCGUCUCCGGUUGCCGCGACUCCGGCGAGCAUGAACACUACACCUGAUAAACCCAAAACUGCUUCGGAGCACAGAAAGUCUUCUAAACCCAUUAUGGAGAAAAGAAGGAGAGCGAGAAUCAACGAAAGCUUGGGUCAGCUGAAAACCUUAAUCUUGGAUGCUCUAAAAAAAGAUAGCUCCAGGCACUCUAAACUCGAGAAAGCGGACAUCCUGGAGAUGACAGUGAAGCAUCUCAGAAACAUGCAGCGGGCACAAAUGACCGCUGCCCUUAACACGGAUCCCACCGUUCUUGGGAAAUACAGAGCUGGUUUCAGUGAAUGUAUGAACGAGGUGACCCGGUUCCUGUCCACCUGUGAAGGGGUUAACACCGAGGUCAGGACCCGGCUGCUGGGUCACUUAGCCAGCUGCAUGACACAAAUCAACGCCAUGAAUUAUCCAACACAGCACCAGAUACCUGGCGGGCCUCCUCAUCCAUCCUUCAGUCAACCAAUGGUUCAAAUCUCCAGCGCGCCUCAGCAAGCCAACGCCGUGCCUCUUAGCGGAGUCACUUGCAAAAGCGGGGCUUCCUCCAACUUGACUUCUGACGCAACUAAAUUAUACGGAGGUUUCCAGCUUGUGCCGGCAACAGACGGACAAUUCGCCUUUUUGAUUCCCAGCGCUGCCUUUGCUCCAAACGGCCCCGUUAUUCCAGUGUAUGCCAACAAUUCCAGCACACCGGUUCCGGUAGCCGUGUCUCCGGGAGCACCGUCCGUUACGUCAGAUUCCGUUUGGCGGCCUUGGUAGACUAUGAAAAAAAAAAAAAAAAAAAAACUCUUCAAAGGCAAAUGACACUUGUUUUCUUUGUUAACCGUUACUUUUUGUGCUUUUUGUAUAUAUAUAUAAAUGUUUUAAGAGAUGAUGCACUAUAUUUGUAUAGAUCAAAAGGGAGAGAAGUUCAUAUUGAAAUAAGUUUUGUAUUGUUGAAUUCCGUUCAAUGCAUUUUUUUUCUAUAUAGCCUAUAUAUAUUUGCGGUAUCUUUUCCACGUUGUGAUGCCAAAGAUAUGUUGAAUGCGCUUUCAAGUUUCUUCUUUUUGGAAGAUAAAUAAAUUGCAUUAAAAAUAAAAGUUUUGCCUCCGUG